CUAAGCCUUAAUUAUUUCCACUACGAUUCGAUUUCGAUCACCUCUCUCUCCAACUCUCUUCUAGCCUAAGCCUUAAUUAGAAGAUUUGUUUUUCGUUCUGUAAAAACAGAAGCAAAAGUCUUCUUAUUUAUUUCAGUCUUUUCUCGAUUAGUUUUGUUUCCAGUCUUUUUGGAGAUCUCUGAUUGCAUGUAGAAUCUCUUCUUCAUUGAAAAAAAAGAAUUUUUAUUUUUAUCUUCUACCGUAUUUUCUCCGUCGAUUUAUCUGACUUUAUGGGGUUGAUGUCCGAUCCGACCGUCAGUAUUCAUGACUUUUCUUUUUGUCUCUCUAUUUUCUCCUUUUCGAUUCCAUCAUAAAUUGAUUUGUUUCCUUUUUUAGUUUUUUUUUCUUAUUUUAAAAAAGUAGAAUUAAAAAAGAAGAAGCAAAUAUGAGUGUAGCCAAGUCUCAGGUAUGGCAACCAUGCAAGAAGAAGAGAUCUUGAUAGAUAGAAAAUAAGAACAGGAACUUCAGUUUUAGAGAGAGAAAGAGAGGGAAAGGAAAGGAGUUUUGAUUGAUUCCAGAGAAUGUCGUCUUCUAGAAGUGGUGGAAGCGGAAGCAGGACACGCGUGGGGAGGUAUGAGCUCGGAAGGACUCUCGGAGAAGGAACUUUUGCGAAGGUGAAAUUUGCUAGGAACGUUGAGACGGGAGAGAAUGUUGCUAUUAAGAUUCUCGAUAAAGAGAAAGUUCUUAAACACAAAAUGAUCGGUCAGAUUAAACGGGAGAUUUCAACAAUGAAAUUAAUUAGACACCCGAAUGUCGUCCGCAUGUAUGAGGUGAUGGCGAGCAAGACCAAAAUAUACAUUGUUUUAGAAUUUGUGACGGGUGGUGAACUUUUCGACAAGAUUGCAAGUAAAGGGAGGUUGAAGGAGGAUGAAGCGAGAAAGUAUUUUCAGCAACUUAUCAAUGCCGUGGACUACUGCCAUAGCAGAGGUGUAUACCACAGAGAUCUAAAGCCUGAGAAUCUGCUAUUGGAUGCUAGUGGGUUUCUUAAAGUUUCGGAUUUUGGAUUGAGUGCACUACCUCAGCAAGUUAGAGAAGAUGGGUUACUUCACACAACGUGUGGAACACCAAAUUAUGUUGCUCCAGAGGUGAUCAACAAUAAAGGCUAUGAUGGCGCCAAGGCAGAUUUGUGGUCAUGUGGUGUGAUUCUCUUUGUCUUGAUGGCUGGGUACUUGCCUUUUGAAGAAUCCAACCUUAUGGCACUAUACAAAAAGAUAUUCAAGGCUGACUUCACAUGUCCUCCAUGGUUCUCCUCAAGUGCAAAGAAACUAAUCAAAAGAAUUCUGGACCCUAAUCCUUCAACACGUAUUACCAUUUCCGAGCUUAUUGAAAAUGAAUGGUUUAAGAAAGGAUAUAAGCCACCUACUUUUGAAAAGGCUAAUGUUAGUCUCGACGAUGUGGACUCUAUCUUCAAUGAAUCAAUGGAUUCUCAAAACCUUGUUGUGGAGAGGCGAGAAGAAGGGUUUAUAGGGCCUAUGGCUCCUGUAACCAUGAAUGCGUUUGAACUUAUCUCUACCUCUCAGGGUCUCAACCUUAGUAGUCUUUUUGAGAAACAAAUGGGGCUUGUUAAACGGGAAACGAGAUUCACUUCCAAACAUUCUGCUAGCGAGAUAAUCUCGAAAAUUGAAGCAGCAGCAGCGCCUCUGGGUUUUGAUGUAAAGAAAAAUAACUUUAAGAUGAAGCUUCAAGGGGAGAAGGAUGGACGCAAGGGUCGUUUAUCUGUUUCAACAGAGGUCUUUGAAGUGGCCCCUUCUCUUUAUAUGGUUGAGGUUCGCAAGUCUGAUGGUGAUACCCUGGAAUUUCAUAAGUUUUACAAGAACCUUUCAACUGGGCUGAAAGACAUCGUAUGGAAAACGAUUGAUGAAGAAGAGGAAGAAGAGGCAGCGACGAAUGGUGUUGCUCGGGUUACUGCACGAUAAUUGGCUUCCUUCCUUGAAAUCAAGAAUCGUCAAGUGGUUUUCCUGUAAAAAUACAAAUGUCGAUUAUUCAUAUGAAUGUUGUCUGGUUUGUAUGUAUUUUUUCCUCCCUCAAUGUUAUGAAGUUUAAUGGGGGGAACAUACUGUAGGUUUCAAGGACAUGUUCCUUGUGACCCUGAACAAACUCAAUCCCUUGGCCUGGUUUUUGUCGAAACUGUGAAUGUAUCAUAACAUGUUUGCAUAGUUCGGUUUUAUUUUGAAUGUAUCAUAGACCCCUUUAAAAAAAGUUUUCUGUUAUGUACACUCUCCCUCGUGUCUGGUUUUAUGCUCCCAAACCCUCUGCCUGAUUGCGAUGCCCUUCGUUUAUUCUAGGCAGCACGUCUGAGCGGGCUCCAAGCAAAAUGGGCGGUCAUGAGGGUACUGUAAACAGCUUUUUAAGUGCUAGAAAAGAGGGAGCAGCUCGACCAUAAUUACAGGGAAGAGGCGAGAAGGUGGGGUGCAUGGUUUACCAUCUUGAUAUGGUAUUCCAUUUUCCAGCCCUAAACAAUUUUGGUUUGAUGUUCGAGUCCCAAGGCUGCUUAAAGCUGCUGCUCGUGCAAUGUUCUCUUCGGCAGGAGAGAAUGAGACUAAUAAAAGGAUUGGAAACCCAUGGAGGGGUUUUUCCAUCUUGGUUUGUUACUCCAUUUGCAUGAUUACUUGGAGCAGCCCCUGUAAUGUUUGCUUCUGCAGAUGGGGGUGGGAGGCCACUUGAUGUCUGAAGAGAGGUAGUGGGUCAAGUAUAACACCUACGGAGAUAAAUUAGAAAUUCAUGAGUUUAUGUUAGAAAUUAAUUUCAACAAAGUUUUUUAAUAUAAAAAGAGGGUUGAUGUACUUUCAGUGAAAGAGUUUCCCAAGGAA